CACACUACACACACUCAUCCUUCCUCCUCUUCAAAUUCACCAAUUUUCCUAAUUUCAAUUCAUUCUUCUCCCACUUUCUCUCUCUAUAUCUCAAAAAGAUUCAAUUUUUCCAACUUCCCUACAAUCAAAAUCCCCAAAAUUUCCCCUUUUUUGCUAAAAAUUCUGCUCUAUCGAAAUGGCUGAGGAAACCAAGAAGACGGCUCCGGAGGCGGCGUGCGCGGCCGAGGAGGUGGCGGCGGUUUCCGACGUGCCGGUGGUGGAGAAGCCCGCCGCCGUUGAGAAGGAGGUGCCCCCGCAGCCCGAGCCCGAGCCCGAGCCCGAAAAGAAGGUGGCCGAUGAAGGAGAGAAGGAGAAAGAUGAAUCCGCGGCGGCGCCGGCGGCGGAGGAUGAGAAAAUUGCUGAAUCCGCCCCCUUUAAAGAGGAGAGCAACAAAGUCGACGAUCUCGUCGAUCCCGAGAAGAAAGCUCUCGAUGAACUCAAGCUCCUGAUUCAAGAAGCCCUCAACAAGCACGAAUUCACCGCGCCGCUGCCUCCGCCGCCGGCCAAGGAGGAGGAGAAAAAGGCAGAAACAGAAGCAGAGGAAAAAACAGAGGAAAAGAAAGAAGAGACCAAAACAGAAGAGAAAAAGGAAGCAGAAGAGACCAAAAAAGAAGCAGAAGAGGUAAAAAUCGAAUCUUGCGAGGCCCCACCUGCUGAAACUCCGGCGCCGCCGCCUGCGGCGGAGGAGCCGGCGGUGGAGAAGCAGCCGGAAGAAGCAAAGAUCGAAUCUUGCGAGGCCGCGGAGGAGAUUAAGGAAACCAUAGUCCAUGAAGUCACCGCUCCCACCCCACCCCCCUGCGAGGAGCCCGCCACCGCCCCUGCGGCGGAGGAAGAAGCUCCCCCGCCGGCGGCGCCGGAGGAGGUCUCGAUCUGGGGCGUCCCUCUCCUCGCCGACGAGAGGAGCGACGUGAUCCUCCUCAAAUUCUUGAGGGCUCGUGAUUUCAAAGUGAAGGAGGCUUUCACCAUGCUGAAAAACGUGGUGGCGUGGAGGAAGGAAUUCAAGAUUGAAUCUUUAAUCGAAGAGGAGGAAUCUGCUCUUGUUGAAGGGCUUGAGAAAGUUGUGUUCUUGAGUGGUGUGGACAAAGAGGGCCACCCAGUUAGCUACAAUGCUUUUGGGGCCUUUCAGGAUAAGGAUUUGUAUAAUAAAACCUUUGGUGAUGCUGAGAAAAGGGGUAAAUUCUUGAGGUGGUAUAUUCUGUUGUUGGAGAAGAAUAUCAGGAAAUUUGAUUUCAGCCCUGAUAGCAUUUGCACCAUUGUUCAAAUCACUGAUCUUAAGAACCUGCCUGGUUUGAUUCUCUUCAAGAAAGAUUUCAGGCAGGCUACUAAUGAGGCACUUCAGCUUCUUCAAGAUAACUACCCUGAGUUUGUUGCCAAACAGGUGUUCAUCAAUGUUCCAUGGUGGUAUGUGGCUUACAAUAGGUUGAUCAGUCCAUUCUUGACUCAAAGAACCAAGAGCAAGUUUGAGUUUGCUGGCCCUACUAAGACCACUGAGACCCUCUUCAAAUACAUAGCACCUGAGCAAGUCCCAGUUCAAUAUGGUGGCCUAAGCAAGGAGGGUGAGGCAGAAUUCACCACUGCUGAUUCUGCAACAGAGGACACCAUCAAGCCGGCGGGCAAGCACACUGUUGAGAUCCCGGUCACUGAGGCUUGCACAGUGGUGUGGGAGGUGAGGGUGGUGGGCUGGGAGGUCUGCUACGGGGCGGAGUUUGUGCCCUCUGUCGAGGGGGGAUACACGUGGAUCGUGCACAAGUCGAGGAAGAUUGGGCCCGGGGACGAGCAGGUGGUUAGUGGCAGCUUCAAGAUUGGCGAGACUGGCAAAGUUGUGCUCACAUUUGACAACCAAACAUCAAAGAAGAAGAAGCUUCUCUUCAGGUUCAAGACUAAGCCCUCUGAAUGAAUGGAAGAAUGAGGAGAGGAAAAGGGUGUUUUUUCUUUCCUUUGUUCAGUCACAUAAUUCUUUUUUACUUGAUUUGUGUUUAAAGAGAAGAAAAACUUAUUAGUUGGUGUUGGGAAAUGUUGUUGAUUCUAUAUUUGUUUGUUGGUUGUUAUUACAAACUGAAGUUUUUUGUUGUUGGAUUGCUGUGUAACAAAAAUUUGGAAUUCAAGUACAUAUGUUUAAUGAAUGAGUUAAUGUGAAA